AUGACCAAUCUGCAGCAGAAGAUGAGACAGAUGGAAUAUAAGUGUGACGAAGUCAGAAAAGAAAUCAGAAAGUUAGAUGAGAAAUUAGAGAGCCUUACAAGGACCACACCAUCUUCCAGUGACCAGCUGGAGGCUACAUAUCUAUCUGUAGUCCCAGAAUCCAACAACAAAACUUGGGAAAAGAGAGCAAAUGUUACAGUAGUUUCCCCAUCAGAGUUACCGAGAUUUAUGAGGCCCAAAAUUUGCGGUAGAAGAAAAUCUGGAAUAGAUCACCAACCAUCAAAAGAGAAAGACUUGGUCCCUGCAAGAAGGAGAAGGGCAUUAUCUCAUCGUGCAGAAUCUGACUUUCCCCAUAAAGACAAUGAAACACAAUACAGCCGAGACACAUCAGCAUAUGAUCUCAAAAUGGAUGUUCUUCCGGAACAGGAUAAAUUACCGAGUAUAAAUCAUCCAAAGGAUCACUUCAUUGCGAGUGAGGAUCAUGGAGAUAGGACCACAAACAAUUCCCUACAAUUCUUAAAGGUCAAAUAUUGACUUCAUUGGAUGAUGAGAAAGUGGACGACUAUCAGUUCUCAAGGCAAGAGAGGGCCAUUGAUGAAAUAAAGCAACUGGCUGAGAUGAGGAUAGGAGAAAGAAGCACCAUAACAGAAGCAGACUGACCUAAUACCAACUUUGUUGGAGGAUUUUGCAAAUAAGAACUCCCACACCAGGGAUUACAUAAGC